GAAGUCCACCGCCCUGAGGACUCCGUGCAUGGCCAGCCCAGAUCUUCCACGCUGCAGGCUCAGUGGGCGUGGCGUGCCGAGUCACAGUGGCUUCGGGACAAGAUCUCUGGCAGUCACGUCCUAACUUUCAGACCUCUGCAGCCAGUCACCUGUCUACAAGGUCUUGCUCAGUGGGAGAGGAAGACUAAAAGCCACGUGACCGCGCAGCACCCACACCUUCCCAGAUUGAGAAGAAAUGUUGAGACUCAAAUAAAGCUCUCUUGUAUAUCCCACAAGUCCGCCAUGGGUGUUGGGAAGUCUAAACUAGAUAACUGCCCCCUUUCUUGGCAUAAAAGACACAGUGUGGAUACAGAUCAAGACUGCCAUGAGUCAGAGACCGGGAAAUUGAAGGAUGUGUCCUUGCAGGGUUUGGUGGAGCAUGGUAAUAAAACAGGGCAGCCAACAGGAGAGCAGGAGGGAGCUGAGGCAAAGGGAGAGAUGCCUGAGGAGGACGCUGAAGAAGAAGUGUUCCUCAAAUUCGUGAUACUGCAUGCAGAACAUGACACAGAGGAGGCCCUCAGAGUCCAGGAUCUACUGCAAAAUGACUUUGGUAUCAGGCCAGGGAUAAUUUUCGCCGAGAUGCCGUGUGGCAGAAUGCAUUUGCAGAAUCUAGAUGAUGCUGUAAAUGGGUCUGCUUGGACGAUCUUGUUACUGACUGAAAACUUUCUAAGAGACACCUGGUGUAACUUCCAGUUCUACACUUCCCUGAUGAAUUCUGUGAAUCGGCAGCACAAGUACAACUCCGUCAUACCCAUGCGGCCCCUGAACAGCCCUCUUCCCCGGGAAAGGACUCCCUUGGCGCUACAGACCAUCAAUGCCUUAGAAGAAGAAAGCCGAGGCUUUUCUACGCAAGUGGAGAGGAUUUUCCAGGAGUCUGUGUAUGAGCGGCAGCAAGCUGUAUGGAAAGAGACACGGAGUGUGUUGCGAGGACAGUUCCUUGCCUGAGACGAAGCACACACCCGGCUGGCUCCUGUUCUGUAAACAAAAUGAUUCAUCCUCACUUGAGAAAGCAGCAUCUCAGAAAUACUUCUAUUUGAGUGAGUCUGCUUCCAGGAAAUCUGUGGAGCACAAGAAAGGUACAUUUCUGCAGGCCUAGGAUUGUAGAACUCUCUGCUGGUAAACUCAAGAUGGUCAAUUUCUAGCAUCUAGUUUUUUGUAGUUUUCAUAGUUCAUGAAUAUUCUUAACUCAUUUCUUUUGUUGAACUGUGAACAGGUGUGUAUGAUAGACAUUUUCAAAAUACGAAGUUAAAAAUCCUAAAAAGACAUGAAGAAAAUGGCUCCGACCGUGAGAGGUCUGAUUACCUUCCUUCCUAUUUCCAUCGUGAAUGUUACCGUAGAGCUUCCUGGUGCCGCCACCCAGAAACGUGGAUGGCCAGAUUGGGACAUGCGCAGUGUGGAUGCACACAAGUUGUACAUCAGAAGCAGACGUCAGAACGGUCAGACUUUUGAAAAUAAUCCAGCCACGUGUGGUUUUGUUUCUACUGGAGUUUGGAACCAGUUCCCGCCACAAAUUAGCAAUCCUUUUGAGAGUGUGGUAGCUGGGGGCUCUGUGGAGAUGUCCCCUGACCUUGUUAGUUGCCAUCUGUAACCAGGGUUUUAUUUGCAGAGCUUGUGAAUGGGAUGUGAUUCACUAGCUGUUUGCUUUUAAAAAUCAAUAACCUCUUAGGUUAGCCUUUGACUUGGGGAGGCUUAUCUAGGGUGGUCGGACUGUGAGUGUGUGUGUGUGUGUGUGUGUGUGUGGUGUGAUGUGUGUGUGUGUGUGUGGUGUGAUGUGUGUGUCGGAGUGGUGUGUGUGUGUGUCUGUGGUGUGUGUGUGUGUGUGUGAGUGUGUGGUGUGGUGUGUGUGUCUGUAUGGUUGUGGGGUGUGUGUGUGUGUGUGUGUGUGUGGUGUGAUGUGAUGUGCGUAUGUUGUAUGUGCAGAGACUGUAUUUUUACCAGCUUCACUUUUAGGGCCUAAUGUACCUAACAAGCCAAGGAGGCCCCAUGAACCUGUACCUUUCCCUCAUAGAACUUCAGCCCAUUUGAGACGGAAACGGUGCAAACAAGUACAGACUGAGCAUGUGGCUAAGGGUGAGUCAUGUCAAAUAAUGAGAAAGUGCCCACUGGGAGCCAGGAGACCUACUUGCAAGCCAAUCUCUGCCACUGAGGAUGAAUGUGCCAGUGGGCAGCUAUUCUCCUUUGUCUACGAAAUGAAAGGGUUGGAUUGAUGGAUCUCUAAAGGCUUUUGUCCUCUCCCAGGAUGGGAAAACUGGAAGCCAGAAAGCAAUAAGCAAAGCCUUAAAUGUUUAUGAGGUGAUACAUAGUGUGAUCGUUGCAGAAGACAUAAUGCAUGCUUACAAUGAAUGGAUAGGUUUGUAUAUUUGCAUCACAAUUGAUUUCUAAUGGCAGUCACAGAAAAGAAUCUAUAUAUGCUUAUUCAGGUUUUCGGUUUUCUUUUUAUUCAGGGUCUCACUGUGUAACCCUGGCUGGCCUGACACUUGCUGUGUAGACCAGGUUGGUUUCAAACUCACCGAUCUACCUGCCUCUGCCCUUGAAAGUGCUUGGAUUAAAGGUGUGCAUCACCCACCACAUGCAGCUACUCAGUUUUUUUAAAGAUGUAUUUUUUUUUAUGUGAACCCAUGAACAAAGACAUUCUUCCUAGUUCAUGUGUCUCCUGGUCCUCACUCCUCUGGAUCCCCAACUGCCGCUGUCCACUUCUUUAUAGCCACAAGCCACUGUGCCCCACAAGGAUCCUGCAGAUCAGUCAGCUCUCGUGUUUGGUUCCCAGAGAAGGUGAUGGCCUACAUGGAAUUUUCUCAACCUUCUUUGCCAUGGUAACUUACUACCCACCUUUCUUUUUCAGUUUUAGUAAGUAUCCCUUUAUUAUUAUUGUUAUUAUUAUUACUGUAAUGCUUUCUAUAUAGCAAGUGUCAUGUAACAAUAAAACAUUAACCACCCACCCUU